AUGUCAACAACAGCCACUAUGGGUGAAAUGGCAAACAGCGCGGUGGAGUUUUAUCCCAAAGGGGCGAGAGGCGCGGGCAGUGGAGGAAGGGCAGAAGGCAGCCAUGCAGGGGGAGACUUUGGGGUAACGGUGACAGAGCUCACGGAGCUGAUGGAGCUCCGGGGGACGGAUGCCCUGCAGAAGAUCCAGGAGAGCUACGGAGACACAGAGGGGCUCUGCCAGAGACUACAGUCCAGCACUACUGAAGGUCUCAGCGGGGAUCCGGCAGACAUGGAGCGUCGAUACCAAACGUUCGGCCAAAACUUCAUCCCCCCAAAGAAGCCCAAGACCUUCAUGGAACUCGUGUGGGAGGCCUUACAGGACGUCACACUCAUCAUCUUGGAGGCCGCUGCCAUCAUCUCCCUUGGCCUCUCUUUCUACCAGCCUCCCGGACAGGACAGCGAAUCUUGUGGAGAUCUGUCGGGGUCCGCAGAGGAUGAAGGUGAGGGUGACACCGGCUGGAUUGAAGGCGCGGCCAUCCUGCUGUCUGUUGUGUGUGUCGUCCUGGUGACGGCGUUUAACGACUGGUCCAAAGAGAAGCAGUUCCGGGGCCUACAGAGUCGGAUUGAACAAGAACAGAAGUUCACUGUGGUUCGUAAAGGAAAUGUCAUCCAGAUCCCCGUGGCUGACAUGGUGGUGGGUGACAUGGCUCAGGUCAAAUACGGGGACCUGCUGCCAGCUGAUGGUAUCUUGGUCCAAGGCAACGAUCUGAAGAUAGAUGAGAGCUCUCUUACAGGAGAGUCUGACCAUGUAAGCAAGUCUGUGGAUAAGGACCCCAUGCUGCUCUCAGGUACCCAUGUGAUGGAGGGCUCUGGCAGGAUGCUGGUGACAGCUGUAGGUGUCAACUCGCAGACGGGCAUCAUCUUCACCCUACUGGGUGCUGGAGAAUUAGAGGAAGAAGGAAAGGAGAAGAAAGGAAAACAACCUGAUGGAGCUGUGGAGAACAAUCAGAACAAAGCCAAGAAGCAAGACGGGGGUGUUGCCAUGGAGAUGCAACCCCUGAAAAGUGCAGAAGGAGGGGAGGUAGAGGAAAGAGAGAAGAAGAAGACCAGUGUUCCGAAGAAAGAGAAGAGUGUGUUGCAGGGCAAGCUCACCAAACUAGCUGUUCAAAUUGGCAAAGCAGGUUUGGUGAUGUCGGCCAUCACCGUCAUCAUUCUGGUGCUGUACUUUGUCAUCAACACAUUUGUCGUUGAAGGUCACACGUGGCUGGCAGAGUGCACUCCGAUCUACGUCCAGUAUUUUGUCAAGUUCUUCAUCAUUGGAGUCACUGUGCUGGUAGUGGCUGUCCCAGAAGGCUUACCUCUCGCUGUCACCAUCUCUCUGGCUUAUUCUGUCAAGAAAAUGAUGAAGGACAACAACCUUGUACGCCACCUGGAUGCGUGUGAGACCAUGGGCAACGCCACGGCCAUCUGCUCCGACAAGACCGGCACCCUCACCACCAACCGGAUGACUGUGGUGCAGGCUCACAUAGGUGAUGUGCACCACCGUGUGGUCCCGGACCCUGGACAGAUAAACCCCCGGACACUGGAUCUAUUAGUCAAUGCUAUCGCUAUCAACAGCGCCUACACCUCCAAGAUCUUACCGCCUGAUGUGGAGGGGGGUCUGGCUAAGCAGGUGGGCAACAAGACGGAGUGUGGCCUGCUAGGAUUUGUAUUAGACCUGCAGCAGGACUACGCCCGUGUCAGAGAGCAGAUCCCUGAGGAGAGACUGUACAAGGUGUAUACAUUCAACUCAGUGCGUAAAUCCAUGUGUACAGUGAUCAAGCUGCCUGACAGUUCCUUCCGCAUCUACAGCAAAGGAGCCUCUGAGAUCCUGCUGAAGAAGUGUUCCUUCAUCCUCGAUGCCAAUGGAGAAGCACGCACAUUCCGUCCACGUGACAGAGAUGAGAUGGUCAAACAGGUGAUUGAGCCAAUGGCAUGUGAGGGGUUGAGGACCAUCUGCAUUGCAUACCGGGACCUGCCGUCUAACCCGGAGCCAGAUUGGGAAAACGAAGCAGACAUAUUGACGGAGUUGACCUGCCUGACUGUUGUUGGGAUAGAGGACCCUGUGCGGCCUGAGGUGCCUGAUGCCAUCCGUAAGUGUCAGCGUGCAGGCAUCACGGUGCGGAUGGUGACUGGAGAUAACAUUAACACAGCAAGGGCCAUUGCUGCUAAAUGUGGCAUCAUCCACCCUGGGGAUGACUUUAUCUGUCUAGAGGGCAAAGACUUCAACCGACGAAUCAGGAACGAGAAAGGAGAGAUUGAACAGGAACGUAUUGACAAAAUCUGGCCCAAACUCCGCGUGUUGGCUCGAUCCUCACCAACCGACAAACACACACUGGUCAAAGGAAUCAUCGACAGCACCGUCCUAGAACAAAGACAGGUCGUCGCAGUAACAGGAGAUGGAACCAAUGACGGACCAGCUUUGAAGAAGGCUGAUGUGGGCUUUGCCAUGGGUAUUGCGGGAACAGACGUGGCUAAAGAAGCGUCUGACAUCAUCCUGACUGAUGACAACUUCAGCAGCAUUGUCAAGGCAGUGAUGUGGGGACGAAAUGUCUACGAUAGCAUCUCCAAGUUCCUGCAGUUCCAGCUCACGGUCAACGUAGUUGCUGUCAUAGUGGCCUUCACCGGCGCCUGCAUCACUCAGGACUCUCCUCUGAAGGCGGUGCAGAUGCUGUGGGUAAAUCUCAUCAUGGACACGUUUGCUUCUCUGGCCCUGGCCACCGAGCCCCCCACUGAGGCCCUGUUGCUACGGAAACCCUAUGGUCGGAACAACCCGCUCAUCUCACUGACCAUGAUGAAGAACAUCCUGGGCCAUGGAGUGUACCAGCUGGUCAUCAUCUUCACCCUACUGUUCAUAGGCGAGCACAUAUUUAACAUUGACAGCGGCCGCAACGCUCCGCUCCAUUCCCCUCCCUCUGAGCACUACACCAUCAUCUUCAACACCUUCGUCCUCAUGCAACUUUUCAACGAGAUCAACGCUCGCAAGAUCCACGGAGAGAGAAAUGUCUUUGACGGCAUAUUUGCCAACCCCAUCUUCUGCAGUAUUGUCGUGGGGACCUUCAUUGUGCAGAUCGUGAUCGUGCAGUGGGGAGGGAAGCCCUUUAGCUGUGCCCCUCUCAACAUGGAGCAGUGGCUCUGGUGUCUGUUCGUGGGAGUUGGGGAGCUCCUCUGGGGACAGGUGAUUGCCACGGUGCCAACGGAGCGACUUCCGUGCCUGAAGGAGGCAGGGCUGGGCCUGGAUCCUGGGGAAGAGGAAGGGGAGGAGAUGGCAGAGGAUGAGGAGGAGAUCGACUGUGCUGAGAGAGAGCUGCGACGUGGACAGAUCCUCUGGUUCAGAGGACUCAACCGCAUCCAGACCCAGAUGGAGGUAGUGAGCACGUUCAAGCGAAGCGGUUCGUUUCAGGGAGCGGUGAGACGGCGCUCCUCCGUGCUCAGUCAGCUCCACGACGUAAACACUAUCUCUACCCCCUCUCACGUAGCUCUCUCCACCGCAACAGCCAAUACCAGCCCAGCCCCCGGGAAUGCGAGUGGUGAAAGCAUUCCGUAG